AUGAUGGCGGAGGACAAGAAGCCGCAGGAGGAGCUCGAGUUCAUUAGCGCGCUACUAACGUCUAUGCGGAAAGUGGUGACGAGCGCCAAACACCCAGUAGCUGCCUUCUUCCACCUGUUUUUCAAGGGUUUGGCGCUGUUGUUGUAUUUGUUCGGCAGCAUCUUCACAAGCGAUUUCGUCUUCAUCUUCGUGGUCUGCAUCCUACUUUUGGCUUUCGACUUCUGGGCAGUCAAGAAUGUGACGGGUCGACUGCUCGUGGGUCUGCGCUGGUGGAACAAAGUUAACGAGGACGGCACGAGCGAGUGGGUGUUCGAGUCUCACGAGGACAUGACGGAGAUCGACCCACUGGACUCGCGCGUCUUUUGGACGGGACUCUACGGCGCCCCAGCUCUGUGGGUCAUGCUGCUCAUUGUUGCCUUGCUUAAAUUCAAUGUUGAGUGGGCGCUUAUCGUCGUGGUCGCCGUAGCGCUGAGCGGCGCCAACAUCAUCGGCUACACGAGAUGCAAGAAAGAUGCCAAACAGAAGAUGCAGUCGUUGAUGUCCCAGGGCGCUUUGGGCGCCUUCGGUUCGUCCGCUGGUUCGUCAAUCAUGUCUACUAUUGGUGGAUUGGCUCUCGGUAGAGACCUCAGCGAGCUUGCAGCCAAGAAACCUACAAAGGCUGAAGUCGUCGUCUAAAAAAACAAAACUUCAACUGGAAGACUUAGAUAUCUGCCCCCCACCAGUGGUGGCACCACCACUAACCUUAAUAAGACGCAAAACACCAUUGUCGAUUGUC